AUGGGUUUUAUGGAAUUCUACCUGGAGAUUGACCCGGUGACCCUGAACCUCAUCAUCCUGGUGGCCAGUUAUGUCAUCCUGCUGCUCGUCUUCCUCAUUUCUUGCAUCCUGUACGACUGCCGGGGGAAAGACCCCACCAAGGAGUACGCUCCCGACAACACUCCGCCGCCGCCGCCCAGCCAGUCUCCGAUCCGCCUGGUCGUCAUGCAGAACUCGCCGGCCUCGUCGCGAUACGAGCCCAACAACACGCCGGCGAGCCACAGCGAGAUGCAGACGCCGGACCUGAGCCGCGAGCGAGCCGAGCGCGAGAAGAGGAGCACUCUGGUCUGA